AGAUGCUCUAAGUGUAUAUAGAGAAAGCGAGGAACAAAAGAAUAUAAACCAAUUGAAGUUUGCGAUUGAGUUUUGAGUAAAUGAUAAUUGCAUGGUUAAUAUCGAGAAUAAUAUUGGACUACUAGUCUACUAGUGAACUACUACUGGGCCCCCGCAGUUUUGGCCAUCACACUGAUUUUUGUGGCAUUCUUCAGAGCACCACUAGUGGAGUACUUAAGGGAGGAGUACUAAAGGGUGGACCCUAUCAUAAGCACCGAAAUUUGCACUGUUUCGCGGAUUUCACUGACACGUGGCGGUAUUGAUUCGUUUUUAAUUUUUUCUUUCUUUUUUAGUCAGACAAAAAUAAAAAAAAUAAGCAUCCUAUUUGAGGUUUAUGGGUUAAAGAUAUUCUUAUUGGUUGAAAUGUGUGUGACCUAUCACCAACUAUCCAAUCGUGAAUAGCCAUAUUAUUAUAGAGAGAUGUGUGUGCAUAGCAUAUUAUUACAGAAAUAUCUUUCUUUUUCAUUUAAUUUAAUUUUCAUAGGUACAUAAACUAUAUCCAAAAAAUCUUAAACACUAAAUUCUAUGACAAAAAAAAUAGAGUUACAGAACCAAUCAUCCACAUUAUUUUCAGUGGAGUAAAACAUAUUAAACCCAAGCAUAUAUACAAUCAAUAAUACCCAAACUCCUGUAAAUGGAUAGCUUUCUAGGAAUAUGCUCCAAGUCUAUUUUUCGUAUCCAAGUCUAUUAAUGAGAUUCACGAAUACUAAAUUCCAUCAAAAGUGCGGGGAACCAUUAACGUAUUCGUAUCAUAAUUUAAUUAUUAUCCAUAGACUAUUAUUGACUUGAAAGGUUGAUGAUUUAUAUAGUACUAGAUUAAUUAGCAACAAAUUAUUGUUACAAAAACCAAAUAGUAUUGAUAUAUGUUUGCAUAUUCCGUUUAUUGUAGUAAUUGGCGUGAAUAACUUUUCUUUUGACUACUAUUUCAGUUGAAGUUAAUAUCACCAAAAAAAUAUUGCCAUUUUCAAAAUUCUCGGAUGAUCAUAAAUAAUUUUAUUUAUUCCAUUUCAAAGAAAAACAAAUCAUCCGACGCGUGAGGAUAUAUAGCUCACCAUUAAAAAUGGGAACAUCUGGUAGACCGUAAUUAAUGACUUAAUAUGUAUUCAAAGCUUAAAGAUCACACGUGAUCACCUAGUCCAAACCAACUAGAUAUUCAAAUAUACAAAAACCUCGUUAUGGCAAAACAAUAAAGCCUCUUACCAAAUUAAAAUAUAGCCAAAACAAAUAUGGUAACUUUGAUACGGACGUGAAUUCGAGACUUGGUCACGAUUGUGUUAAUUAGCAUGCAGAAAAAGAAAUAACCGUCCUUGACCAUUGACCAACACUUGGUCCUAUAUAAAAUAACCAUACACUAUUCCGCUAAUUCACAAGCUCCUUUGCUCUUUCUCAUACCGUAAGCAACAAGAAACACAUUAAUCAGAAGCUAACUCUAUUUUAUAACUCAAUGCAACUCUCCAAGGAUCAAGAGACGCCGCCGUCUCCGCCUCGCUCACCACCACCGAAGCUGAGUACGGUGGCGUGCCCCUCAAGAAAGCCAAGGGAGAGGACUUCGAGCCCUUUUUCUGAGGUGUUGAGACGCAAGCGACCACCGAUGCUUAACCGAGAGUUGUUUCCUCAGGCUCCACCGUGGAGCAAAGAGGCGGUGAAGACGCCGCCGUAUGAGGAUGUUGAAGCUGAGAAAGAUGGAGUUUACUCCGUUUACUGCAAAAGAGGAAGGCGCCGAUGGAUGGCGAUGGAAGAUAGGUACUCCGCUGUGGUUGAUCACGACGGAGGAGGGCGUAGAAAGGCUUUCUUCGGCGUUUACGACGGUCACGGUGGAUCCAACGCGGCGGAGUUCGCGGCGAAGAAUCUCGGUAACAACAUUGAGGCGGCGGUGGCGGCGGCGAGAUCCGGAGAAGACGGUUACUCGAUUGAGAGAGCGAUAAGAGAGGCUUACCUCAAAACGGACGAGGAGUUCUUGAAAGAAGGCUCGGGAGGCGGCGCGUGUUGUGUAACCGCUCUUAUAUCGAACGGCGAGCUUGCGGUUUCAAACGCCGGUGAUUGUAGGGCGGUGAUAAGCCGCGCUGGAGUUGCGGAAGCUCUUACCACCGAUCACAGUCCUAAUCAAGAAAAUGAACUCAUAAGGAUUAGAGCUUCGGGUGGUUAUGUUGACUGUCAUCACGGCGUGUGGAGAAUUCAAUGGACACUAGCCGUCUCACGUGCAAUUGGAGACGAGUAUCUCAAGAAGUGGGUAAUAGCUGAACCGGAAACCAGAACAUUAAAGAUUAAACCGGAAUUGGAGUUCUUGAUCUUAGCAUCUGAUGGCCUUUGGGAUAACGUAACGAACCAGGAGGCGGUUGAUGUGGUUCGACCAUACUGCAUAGGCGUGGAGAAUCCAACAACACUUCCUGCUUGCAAGAAACUAGCCGAGCUAUCGUCUACGAGAGGGAGCUUGGAUGAUAUUAGUGUCAUCAUAAUUCAGCUAAAACAGUUUGUGGCAUGAUUCUAGUAUUCAGCUAAACUUGAUUAAAAUCAUUAGGUCUUGACUUAUUGAUUAUUAUGUUCGGUAUUUAUAUGUAAAUAUAAGUUUCAAACACAAUUUCAAACAUUUAUCAAUAUUAUUAUUCUUGGGGAUAUCAAGAUCCAAGUGUCUUUAGCUUGCGAUAUGUUCCCUAUAUAAAGUGGAAAGAACAUAAUUUAUAACGAAAAGUGCACCACCCAUUUUACAAAAAAGAAGAAAGAGAGUGCAACACCUAACCAUUUUGAUUCUUGACAAUUUGAAACGACUUUAUCAAUCCGCUCGGUUAAUUAUCAUUUCAGUUGUGUUGGUAUUCUAAUUAUGGUACACAUUAAACGGUUGAUAUGAUUUUUGCAACUAGUGCUAUCAUCGGUCAGCAUAAUGGUAUUUGUUUAACUAUAUAUUUAUUUAUUAAAUAAUUAUAUAUGUAGUUUUAAGAACAACAAAUUAUAAAAAUUGAUUUUAAAGAACAAUGUAUAUUCUUAAUGCAGAAUUCUUAUUACAAAUAACAUUUAAUCAUGUGUUACAUUACUAAAAUAUUAUUAAAUAUAUAAAAAUUAUUAUACUGACUAAAUUUAUUUCCAAAUAGUAAGCUAAUUAGAGGGUGUUAUUCAAUCAAUAAUUUAAUGUCAAUAAUCAAUGUUUUGAAAUCGAUCGAAUUUUAAAAAUUUAAGAUAGUUUAGGUAGGUGAAUUUGAAAUCUCUACAAUAUACCUUAGAUUUUGAAUUUAUUUAUUUAAAACAGAUGAUUUGAAACUAAUAUAAAAUGCAAAAAAAAAACUUAGAAUCUUUGAAAGUUGAAUAACACUAAAUCUUAAACAUUAGAUUUAAAUCAUUCAUUGAAUAACAUUAUUUUUAAAAUAUAAUUUAGAACCAUCACUUAAAUAACAGUAAAUAUUGUUUAGAUAUAAUCUCUACUAAAAUACAUCAUUAAAUUGUUGGGAGAAGCUAAUUUACAUGAUUUUAUACAAAUUGGUAAGUUUAAAAUAUUCUUUUGGUUGGCUCCCGAAAUUGGUUGGCUCGUGUAGUCAUUUAGCUAUGGUGAACUCUUCGUGGACAAAGUCUCAUAUCGAAGCGAUCUGGAGGAUUCCUGAGCGGAUUAGACGGGUGUGUACCCUCCUUGUGAUACUUCAGGACUCCAGGUGAUAGCAGCUCCAGUGUUAUGAUUUGUUUUUUUUUUUUUUUGAAAGAAUGUUAAAUUUAUUCAAAUAAAAAAAAGUUUUUGUACAAUUAGUGCAUCUUUAGUCUAAUAUGAGAGAUAAUUUUUGAAACAUUCAUAAAUCACAGCAGCCUAGUCUCUAGUAGAAAACCAGACCACCAUUGUUUUGUUGAAAGUUGUUCUUCCUCGUCCACGUAUAGAACUGAUUCGGUUCCGUACUUGCUUGUCGAUGAACUUGAUAAGAAGACUUGGGGAAUGAUUGACCGUGCCAUGCCUUCUCCCGUUUCUCUCAAGCCAAAUGGUAUGCACAGAGAGUUGGAAUACAUAUCGAAGAAGAAACUUGGUAUCUCCUGAGAUAGUAUUUGUAGAUAACAAAGCAAGAACCUGACCCCAAAUGUGUGAGUAGCUCUGCCUCAAAAGUUUUUUAGUGAGGUUUCUCCAAAUGGCCUCGGAAAAAAGAUAGCUGAAAUAUAGAUGAUUCCGGGACUCAACAGCGGCAUUGCAGAGCAAGCACUGAGCAUUCGCCUGAGGGUUCCACUGCAGCAGUCUAUCUCCUGUUGCCAGUCGGUUAUGUACUGCAAUCCAAGCCAUGACCGAGUAUUUAGGCGUUGAUCCGGAGAACCAGAUGCCCUUAUACCAUGGAACCUUUACUUGCUGCACACGCGUAAGAGUCCAAGUUUGGUUCGUGUCGAAACCAGGUCAUAACACUAGUCAGUGUUAUGAUUUGUAUCUGUAUUUGUUUAACAUCUUGGGGUUAAUGCAGCACUUCCUCUUGAAAUAUCAACAGAUCCUCCAGUUUUCAUAUCUGUUGCUCAGUUUCGUCCUGAGAAGGUGAGUGACACUUGCAUUUGUAUUUGUAUUUGACUUUACGAAUGUAUUGAUAUAAUGUUCAAAAAAUUUAUAGGCCACAAUUAAGUCAUUUAUAGGGUAUUAUUGAUUAGACGGGCGCCUAGACCAAUUUUUUUAAAUGCUUAGGCCAAUUUUGCAAAA